CAUUUCACCUGCUGUAGUUUUACCGCUUCAGUAAUGAAUAAUUAAGUUUUUAAUUCCUGACUGGUGUUGAUUUCGGACUGAUUCUCUUCAUUACUCAUCAUUACUAUUCAUCUACAACUGCGCGCGGGGAGGGGCGGGCCUGACGACGUCACUGCGGCCGCGCGGACCCUCGCGACCCUCCGUCCCGUAUAAAUAAACCGGGCUGCGUUAACUUUCCUCGCGCAUUCAAGUCAGUGCACGCGACCUCGUUUCACGACCAGAGUUUACAGGAAGCUUUUCGACGGAGAUGCGCGAGACGUGUUUUAGAGAACUUUACUCCCUGUGUUUAAUCCUCUGGUGUCUCACCGGUUUUUACUCUCAGGCUGAAUGCUAUCCGCUGUUAGACUGUGGCGACGAUGGAGACUACACGCAGGGUUCAGCAGUUCAGAGCUCGCUGUGUGGACUCGUGUGGGGAGACCAGAAGAAGGAGCAGAUUCAGAACGUCUUCAAACGGUUCUUGUUCCACUACUCGAAGGCACGGAAUUCAGUCGGCACUGUCGAGAGAGAGUCUCACUCUGUCCACCCCUUGAUGCGCCUCUCGCCCAAGUUCACUCUGCGGAGGAAGAAACAGCAGGUUUUGUCUACACUGAAGAAGACUUGUGGCCGCUCGGACCGAUUCAUUCGAGGAAUUCGAGAGCUGACUGGAUGUGCAGGAGGAUGGUAACACCACGUGGACUGUAAACUCACCGAUUCUGUAAAUAAACUCAAUCUCACCCGUGUUGUGCGUUUGAGUUCUCUCGCUCUCUCACAGCCACUCGUGUGUGAUA